GCUUUGAACUUCCUGAGGCCAGGGACUGUCUGGAAGCACCUGCAGUGGCUAGCACAAGGGAGACGUGUGGUGAACAGCUGUGGGAUCUAAAGAACAGGCUCUGAAAGAGUUCCAGCUGGAAUUUCAGAUCGGACACAGUCGCCAGGGUGUCAGAGGCAGUGAAUCCGAGCUGCCAGCGCGUGCUGCUGCCGGGCUACAGGAUGGUGCGGGCAGCCAGGCCGCUGCUGCUGCUCCUCGCCUUCUUCCUCCGCGCGGAUGCUGAGACACCUCCGAGGUUUACACGGACUCCUGUUGACCAGACAGGGGUCUCUGGUGGCGUUGCCUCUUUCAUUUGCCAAGCUUCAGGAGACCCAAGACCUAAAAUUGUCUGGAACAAAAAAGGAAAGAAAGUCAGCAAUCAGAGAUUUGAGGUAGUAAUAGAGUUUGACGAUGGAUCUGGAUCAGUUCUCAGAAUACAGCCCUUACGGACUCCCCGGGAUGAGGCCAUUUAUGAAUGUGUGGCCUCGAAUAACGUCGGAGAAAUAAGUGUAUCUACCAGACUCACAGUUUUGCGUGAGGAUCAAAUUCCCAGGGGCUUUCCUACCAUUGACAUGGGCCCACAGUUGAAGGUGGUUGAGCGUACACGCACUGCCACCAUGCUUUGUGCAGCCAGUGGGAAUCCGGACCCGGAAAUCACUUGGUUUAAAGAUUUCUUACCUGUGGACACAAGCAACAACAAUGGCCGUAUUAAGCAGUUACGAUCAGAAUCUAUUGGUGGUACACCAAUAAGAGGCGCCCUUCAGAUCGAACAGAGUGAAGAAUCUGACCAAGGGAAAUAUGAGUGUGUUGCCACCAACAGCGCGGGCACUCGCUACUCUGCCCCUGCCAAUCUAUAUGUCAGAGAGCUGCGAGAAGUUCGUCGUGUCCCACCAAGAUUCUCUAUCCCACCCACUAAUCAUGAAAUCAUGCCAGGUGGAAGUGUUAACAUCACCUGUGUGGCCGUGGGGUCACCAAUGCCUUAUGUGAAGUGGAUGUUGGGGGCAGAAGACCUGACACCAGAAGAUGACAUGCCAAUAGGAAGAAAUGUCCUAGAACUGAAUGAUGUAAGACAGUCAGCAAAUUACACCUGUGUGGCCAUGUCAACACUGGGCGUCAUUGAAGCAAUAGCACAGAUCACUGUCAAAGCCUUACCCAAACCUCCAGGAACUCCUGUAGUGACCGAGAGCACAGCCACAAGCAUCACACUGACAUGGGACUCUGGGAACCCUGAGCCUGUCUCCUACUACAUCAUCCAGCAUAAACCUAAAAAUUCUGAGGAAUCUUACAAAGAAAUCGAUGGAGUGGCGACCACACGCUACAGUGUCGCUGGACUCAGUCCCUACUCGGAUUAUGAAUUCAGGGUCGUUGCUGUCAAUAACAUUGGGCGGGGGCCUCCCAGCGAGCCCGUGCUGACACAGACCUCAGAGCAGGCGCCGUCCAGCGCCCCGCGGGAUGUGCAGGCGCGGAUGUUGAGCUCAACCACCAUCCUGGUGCAGUGGAAGGAACCGGAGGAGCCGAACGGACAAAUCCAAGGAUACAGAGUGUAUUAUACCAUGGAUCCCACUCAGCACGUCAACAACUGGAUGAAGCACAAUGUCGCUGACAGCCAAAUCACUACUAUUGGCAACUUAGUGCCCCAGAAAACCUAUUCUGUCAAAGUCCUGGCUUUUACCUCAAUUGGAGAUGGUCCCCUUUCAAGUGACAUACAAGUCAUCACUCAGACAGGAGUACCAGGGCAACCGCUAAAUUUCAAAGCAGAACCUGAGUCUGAAACGAGUAUUUUGCUCUCUUGGACACCUCCACGUUCGGACACUAUCGCCAACUAUGAGCUGGUCUACAAAGACGGGGAGCCCGGAGAGGAGCAACGAAUUACCAUUGAGCCAGGGACGUCUUAUAGACUGCAAGGGCUGAAACCAAACAGCUUGUACUACUUCCGUCUGGCUGCACGCUCUCCUCAAGGCUUGGGUGCUUCCACAGCUGAAAUAUCAGCUAGAACCAUGCAGUCAAAGCCGUCAGCUCCUCCUCAAGACGUUAGUUGUACCAGCCCAAGUUCCACUAGUAUUUUGGUAAGUUGGCAACCUCCACCCGUGGAAAAGCAGAAUGGCAUUAUUACUGAAUACUCCAUCAAGUACACCGCAGUGGAUGGAGAAGAUGACAAAGCUCACGAGAUUUUGGGAAUUCCUGCGGACACUACCAAAUACCUUUUGGAACAGCUGGAAAAAUGGACUGAGUACCGGAUCACUGUGACAGCCCACACAGACGUCGGCCCUGGCCCCGAGAGCUUGUCCGUGUUGAUUCGAACCGAUGAAGAUGUUCCUAGUGGUCCUCCUCGCAAAGUCGAGGUAGAGGCUGUCAACUCAACAUCUGUUAAAGUCACAUGGCGCUCGCCCGUGCCCAACAAACAGCAUGGCCAGAUCAGAGGAUACCAGGUGCAUUAUGUGAAGAUGGAAAACGGGGAGCCCAAGGGCCAGCCCAUGCUGAAGGACGUCAUGCUGGCUGAUGCACAGUGGGAAUUUGAUGAUACUACUGAACAUGACAUGAUUAUUUCUGGGCUGCAGCCUGAAACUUCCUACUCCCUCACUGUCACAGCCUACACCACCAAAGGAGACGGUGCUCGCAGCAAGCCCAAACUGGUGUCCACCACAGGAGCAGUCCCAGGGAAACCCCGGCUGCUGAUCAGCCACACGCAGAUGAACACUGCUCUCAUUCAGUGGCACCCCCCUGUGGACACGUUUGGACCUCUUCAGGGCUACCGUCUAAAAUUUGGCCGGAAGGAUAUGGAGCCGCUCACCACUCUUGAGUUCUCUGAAAAAGAAGACCACUUCACAGCGACAGACAUCCACAAAGGAGCGUCGUACACCUUCAGGCUCUCAGCCAGAAACAAAGUGGGCUUCGGGGAGGAGAUGGUGAAGGAGAUUUCUGUCCCAGAAGACGUCCCAACUGGAUUCCCUCAAAACCUCCACUCGGAAGGCACCACGUCCACCUCCGUCCAGUUAUCUUGGCAGCCACCUGUCCUGGCGGAGAGAAACGGCCUUAUCACCAAGUAUACCCUUCUGUACAGGGAUAUCAACAUCCCCCUCCUUCCAAUGGAGCAGCUUAUUGUUCCCGCUGACACCACUCUGACACUCAGUGGCUUAAAACCAGAUACCACAUAUGAUGUAAAAGUACGUGCUCACACGAGCAAAGGGCCCGGGCCAUAUAGUCCCAGUGUCCAGUUCAGGACACUGCCUGUGGAUCAAGCAGUGUUUGCAAAAAAUUUUCAUGUCAAAGCAGUAAUGAAGACCUCAGUGUUGCUGUCUUGGGAGAUUCCGGAGAAUUAUAAUUCUGCCAUGCCUUUCAAAAUUCUUUAUGAUGAUGGGAAAAUGGUAGAAGAAGUGGAUGGUCGAGCUACACAAAAGUUAAUUGUCAACCUGAAGCCUGAGAAGUCGUACUCCUUCGUGCUGACAAACCGUGGGAACAGUGCCGGGGGGCUGCAGCACCGGGUGACCGCGAAGACCGCGCCGGACGUGCUGCGCACCAAGCCUGCCUUCAUUGGGAAGACCAACUUGGAUGGCAUGAUUACUGUGCAGCUGCCCGAAGUACCUGCAAAUGAGAAUAUAAAAGGUUACUACAUAAUAAUUGUGCCUUUGAAGAAAUCUCGUGGGAAAUUUAUCAAGCCAUGGGAGAGUCCAGAUGAAAUGGAAUUAGAUGAGCUGCUUAAAGAGAUAUCCAGGAAACGCAGAAGCCUCCGUUACGGGAGAGAAGUUGAAUUAAAGCCAUAUAUAGCCGCUCACUUUGAUGUCCUUCCCACGGAGUUCACCCUGGGAGAUGACAAACAUUAUGGAGGAUUUACAAACAAGCAACUCCAAAGUGGUCAAGAAUAUGUCUUCUUUGUGUUAGCAGUGAUGGAGCACGCAGAGUCUAAGAUGUAUGCAACCAGUCCCUACUCCGACCCUGUUGUGUCAAUGGAUCUGGAUCCACAGCCAAUCACCGAUGAAGAAGAAGGCUUAAUCUGGGUCGUAGGCCCUGUCCUUGCGGUGGUCUUUAUCAUCUGCAUUGUUAUAGCUAUUCUUCUUUAUAAAAGCAGUAAACCUGACAGGAAAAGGGCAGAGUCUGACUCUAGAAAGAGCAGCAUACCGAACAGUAAGGAGGUCCCUUCACACCAUCCAACAGACCCAGUAGAACUGAGGCGCCUUAAUUUUCAAACACCAGGUAUGGCUAGUCACCCUCCAAUACCUAUCUUGGAACUUGCAGAUCAUAUUGAAAGGUUGAAAGCAAAUGACAACCUGAAGUUUUCCCAGGAAUAUGAGUCAAUUGACCCUGGCCAGCAGUUCACAUGGGAACAUUCAAACUUGGAAGUAAACAAACCAAAGAAUAGAUAUGCAAACGUAAUCGCCUAUGAUCAUUCCCGGGUCCUCCUAUCAGCAAUAGAAGGCAUCCCAGGAAGUGACUAUGUGAACGCCAACUACAUAGAUGGUUACAGGAAGCAAAACGCCUACAUUGCAACACAGGGAUCUCUCCCUGAAACAUUCGGGGACUUUUGGAGAAUGAUAUGGGAGCAACGGAGUGCCACAGUUGUCAUGAUGACAAAACUAGAAGAACGAUCCAGGGUGAAGUGUGACCAGUACUGGCCCAGCAGGGGCACAGAAACCCACGGGCUGGUCCAGGUGACGCUGCUCGACACCGUGGAGCUGGCCACAUAUUGUGUCCGAACCUUUGCACUUUACAAGAACGGGUCCAGCGAGAAGCGAGAAGUGAGGCAGUUCCAGUUCACCGCCUGGCCCGACCACGGCGUCCCAGAACACCCGACACCUUUCCUCGCUUUCCUCCGGAGAGUCAAGACCUGUAACCCUCCGGACGCAGGCCCGAUGGUCGUGCACUGCAGUGCGGGAGUUGGCCGGACUGGUUGUUUUAUUGUAAUAGAUGCCAUGUUAGAAAGAAUAAAGCAUGAAAAAACUGCAGAUAUUUAUGGCCAUGUAACUUUAAUGAGAGCCCAGAGGAAUUACAUGGUGCAAACAGAGGACCAGUACAUCUUUAUCCACGAUGCGCUGUUGGAAGCAGUGACUUGUGGAAAUACCGAAGUGCCAGCGAGAAACCUGUAUGCCUACAUUCAGAAGCUGACACAAAUAGAGACAGGAGAGAAUGUCACGGGAAUGGAGCUUGAAUUUAAGCGUCUAGCCAGCUCUAAAGCUCACACCUCAAGAUUCAUCAGUGCCAAUCUUCCAUGUAAUAAAUUCAAAAAUCGCCUUGUUAAUAUUAUGCCAUAUGAAUCCACAAGGGUAUGCCUGCAGCCUAUCCGAGGAGUAGAAGGAUCUGAUUACAUCAAUGCCAGUUUUAUUGAUGGAUACAGACAACAGAAGGCCUACAUCGCUACCCAGGGACCCUUGGCGGAGACCACGGAAGACUUCUGGCGGAUGCUCUGGGAACACAACUCCACCAUCGUGGUGAUGCUCACCAAGCUGCGUGAGAUGGGCAGAGAGAAAUGUCACCAAUACUGGCCAGCAGAACGAUCUGCAAGAUACCAGUACUUUGUUGUAGAUCCCAUGGCUGAAUACAACAUGCCACAAUAUAUCCUAAGAGAAUUCAAGGUCACAGAUGCCAGGGACGGUCAGUCGCGAACAGUGAGACAGUUCCAGUUCACUGACUGGCCAGAGCAAGGCGUGCCAAAGUCUGGAGAAGGAUUUAUUGACUUCAUCGGCCAAGUUCACAAAACAAAAGAGCAGUUUGGCCAAGAUGGACCCAUUUCAGUCCAUUGCAGUGCGGGCGUUGGAAGAACUGGAGUCUUCAUAACACUAAGCAUUGUUCUGGAGAGAAUGAGAUAUGAAGGAGUUGUAGAUAUCUUCCAGACUGUCAAAAUGUUGAGAACACAACGACCAGCCAUGGUACAGACAGAGGACCAGUACCAGUUCUGCUAUCGAGCCUCACUCGAGUACCUGGGCAGCUUUGAUCACUAUGCAACGUAGAAACCCCUGACCCAUUUUGGAUUUUUACAGCGGGCCCUUCAAUACCCAUGGAGUCUCUUCUGAGCCAUACAGGGCACUUGAGAAGUCCUUCUUAACUUCUAGGUAACAACCCCUUAGUGGGACUAUUACACACAAAAUAAACUAAAAAUAAAAACUCUUCCGGGCGGACCAAGAAUUCCCAGUUUAAUAAUCUAAUCUGAAAAUAAUAAGAGAAUCCUGACUGAUGAGGGAUCUGGAGGAUUUUAUUUACAGAUACCUCAAGGAUUCAGAAUAAAGGGAAGAAGAAAUCUCAACAAAGAACCAGCAUCUUGUUCAGGAUCACUCACUAGGUACAAGGAGGAGUGCCGCGUGGAUGUCUGCUGGUGUGGCUUCUCAUGGUAACACGAACUGCUUCGACAUGACCCCUUCCCACCAUAUUGCUCAUACUAACAUUUUAGGGAGAAAAGGGGGGAAUGUUUAAAAAGAAAGUCUUUGAUUUAGUUUUUUAGUAUUGUAAGAUACUGCUGACCUGUGCUUCAUUUUUAACUGUGUAAACUUUUUUUUAACAAAAUGUAUCUAUCAUUCUAUAAAGUAAAUUUUAAAAAGGUUACAUAACUCUUCAUUUUUUUAUUUCCAAAUUGUAGGGGGUUUUUUUUUUCAGCUGUACAACUGUUAUCUGUCAUAUCUUGCUGUAGAAAUAUCACAUAUGAAAUUUUGCACAUUUUUGUGCAAUACUCAAUCUACAGUAUUGGUUUCAUCAGAUAUUACUUUUACACUUCUGUCUGUCUGGUAAGAAAGUACCCAUUCUUUUCAAAUAAUCAACGAGUUUUGUUUUGUUUUUAGAAUCAACAGGGAGGCGCAAAGUAUAAAGUUGCUGCUAACAUAUAUACAUAUAUAUCCGUAUUUUAUAGGGGUGUCUAUGUAUAUAUAGACAGUGUGUUCACACAAAAUGAUAGAGAUAGCUAUCAUUCAGUUCUUCCAUGGUUUAGUAUUUUUUUAAGGUAGAAAAGCUAUUGUAAACAUCUUUUUCAAUUAUUUUAUGACAUUGGUAUUUCUUAAUAUCACAAAAUUUUAAUUUUUUAAGGGCAAUGAGGAAUGCACAUCAGUGAUUGUCAAACCUCACCCCCUAAUUUCCUAUCCAAUCUCCCCCCCACCCACCCACCUAACCAUAUUCACAAGUACCAUUUUGUUAGCCAGGCUUCCAACAAAGUUCGAUAUUUCUAACAACUCUAGUGCAAUAAAAACAUAUUAAAUAUCUAAGAGGUGUGCAUGUGGGAAAGGUCAGUGCAUAUCCCUUUAGGAGGGGAGAAUGUUUUAAUAUAUCAGCUAUCAAGUUGUUUAAAAAAAGUGUAUUCAAUCGUAUAUUGUCUAUAGUAUGUGCUAUGAAAUUUGCAUUUAUGAUAUGUAACAGGGGCAAAGCCAAACUCAUGUUACUCUGUUCAGUCAGAAACAUUUCGUGGCAUACAGCAUUCCUGGGAAGUGCUGUUCUUUGUUUUCUUUUUGGUUUUAGUUUUGCAUUUAGAGUGCCUUAUAAUUGAUGCCUAUUUUAAUAGCAUUUCUUUUUAGCUUUUGGUUCGUAUUUCCAUUAGUUGUUCGUAUAUGUUACUCUUCCUAUUAAAGCAUUAUCUGUUUACCACAUGUACAGAAACUCUUUGAAUAAUAUGCAUUCCUAGUUCUCAACCAGGUCGGGGAGGUUAGUGAUUGUACCAGCCCAAAGCACUUGGAUAAUCAGGGCCCUUCUUCCUUUUGUAAUUGUCCACAUCAGGAAAAGCCACUGGUUUUAUUUUUAAUCCCUUCCAAAUCUGCUCUGGAACAUCCAGAAAAGGCACCAAACUUAUUUUAGUAACAACUAUCAUUGACCACUUUGGAAUAUAUUUGCUAUUCCAUUAGGAUCUUUUCUAAAAGGGGACAUUUUUAAAAAUGUGUAUAUAUAUCUCCCCCCAAAUUACUAUAGGAAGCCAUGGAUAAUGGCAGGAGCUUGCCAUAUCUUCCACAAUUUUAAAGAAUCCUCCAAAUGUUCAAGGAACUCCUAAAGAGUGUCCAUAGAGGUAUAAUAUUUUGGUUUCAUCUUAGCUCCAUUGAUGUUCUGUUUUCUACAUGUUCCCAUCACUAGCAGAAUGAAAUCCAAGAGACCAAACACUUGCAAGUAUCAUAUAUGAGCACUUUUGUAAAAAAAAAGAAAAAAAGGAAGAAAAAAAGAAAAUAAUGUAUAAUACUUUUAAAAAGUAUCUAGAAGGCUACCUCAGAGUGAGACUCUCUAACCUACAUCAGAACCAGAGAAGAAUGUGCACUAUGUGGGUGUGUUUCCUUUCAGUUCCUACCUUUUGGAGAGCUAUCCAAGUGCCAGAUUACUCAGUGCUGUAAUUUUCAUUUAGCGAAACAAAGAGGGUCAUUAGACAGACAUCGCAUUAUGCCGACACGCCAUGUUGAAUCAGACGGUGUCCUGCACACCAGAACCCUUGCGCAAUGAGCAGUUUCUCUCCCCGAGACAAAAACCGCCCGUUUGGCAAAGGGAACGAGAAGAAUCCUGAGAAGGAAACGAAUGGGAUGCAUACCAUAGACGAACAAGGCGGAGACUUCCAGGUGUCCUCCUGUUCAGGAGCUGUUCCGAGAACUAACUCCCUCCUGUCAUUGAUGUGCAUUCCACUCUGUGCUUUUCUGUACAAACCAUUCUAGUUUGAUUUUCCCAGGUGAACAUCUUUAUCUGCCAUUACCAUAUAAACGCUCAAGUUUCCAAUUAUUUUCAUCAUCAUAACCAGUACGGUGCUAUUAUUUACCUAUGUACGUGUAGUUAUGUAUAAUUUUGUAAUUAGUUACAAUGGUAAAAAAAAAAAUCAAAAUAUAUAAGAAGUGAUUUGUACAGAACUUUAUUUUAGCUCUUUUUUAAAAAUGAUUUGCAUGGUUAGACAACGGUGAGGACAGCCAGGGGAGGGAAGGGCCUCUAGGGAACUUUGCACUUUCUAUACCUUUGUACUAUGCACUGCCCUAUUGAUUCUACACCCAAUAAUGUUAUUACUUGAACCCAUCUGUAAGAACCUGCUUCAGAAAUUCAUUUGUGUGUAUGUAAAUAACUCGGCGUAGAAACAGGAAGGGGAAAAAUUCUGCAGUAAUGUACAGAUUUUUUUUCUUUCCCGUUUAUUCUCGGUUUUGCUUUGGGUUAGCCCCUCCUUUUGAUUUUUCAUUCACUUACCUUUUCUUUCUCCUCUGUUGGGUUUUGUUGCCGCUGGGUUUAUGGGUGCCCUGAUACUCCAGCAGAGGUCAGAAGGCUGCAGGUCCAUCCUCUCCAUCCGUUACGUGGCUUUGCCAUCCAAGCUUGGAGUGUCUAAAACGAUAAUAACAGUUGUGUUCUUUGCUCUCAUUUUGGAUGCAUAGACUGAAAAAUUAAAAAAAAAUAACUUGUAAAAUGGCUUGUUAAAAAAUACAAUUACCUCUAAUUAGUAGUACGCGUAAAUGUUUUACAGAAUGAAAGGCGUGCUUUUUAUUUUCUUACUUCGUUACAUUGGUGGCGAAAGAAGUCUGUAUGAAAAUCAGUUCUUUGCUGACACAAGUUCCAUUUGUUACAGAUAAAUUCUAAUAAAAAUGUCAGUGUAAUGCA